AUGGGUAGGUCUAUCUCUGUUAGAGACGGUACAAAGCUAAAAAAAGUUGAAGAAAUUGUGAAAGCAGAGUACGGUUUGAACAAUCGGAUUGAUGCUGAGUUAAGUUACUGGACUGAUGAUAGAUUAACUAGGUAUAAUGGUUUAGAAGUGGCUCCGACUAUAAUUUGUGACAAUCACGGAUUUAUGGUUUUCUGUUCGCUACGAAAAGGGGACAAAUCUUUGAAUUUGUUUGUGACAUUUAGUGAGCGGGUGAACGGGGAGGUGAGAAUACUUGGGUCAGUUGAUGACACAAUUGUUGCAUCUCCAAGGUUGGGUUGGGGAGUAUUGGGAACACAGGCAGUGGAUAGAAUAUGA